CAACGACCAAGAUAAUUCAAUUAUCUACCUAUUUCCCGCCAUUACUAUUCAAUCCAAAAUGGCUGCCAAUCAAUAUUUGUACUUUUUAUUUUUAAUAACACAGACAAAAAGUGCGGCCGUACACGUUCCUAUGCCAGAAAUAAAAGAGGAUUACAAUAUGAGGUCUCAUUUAAAAUAUGAUAAUGUAUGGGAAUAUUGUUCUAAGAGAGACAUCGCGUGUAAAUCUAAUAAUACGAACAUAUGUGCCGCAAAAAUAGUGGGUCAGAGAAGGUUUUACAAAGACUUCGGGAACGGAUGUUACUUAUUUUUGAGUAAUAUGUGUGAUCAUCCUGAAGAAGAGUAUUACAUAGUAACUUCAGGCAGUUGUGCGGAACACUUCCAAGGAACAAGGCGGAUCGGUGAUGGUGAAGAACUAAACGAUACUCUAGCUACAAACUCUUCAGAAAUAAACGAAUCGAAAGAAAUAAACGGCACUGAAGCUACAUUCGGAGACGACAAUGAAGAUGACGAUGCUCUACGCCAAGCCAAGGAAGAAAAGCCGUUCAGCCCACUGUACACUACAGACGAGGCAUUCGACGGUCAUAUAUGUCCUCAUUCGUGUCCCGACGUCUACUCUCCGAUCUGCAUUGCUUUAAACAGGGGCUUCGGGAAAUAUUUCAAGUUUUUGACCUUCAUCAACCAUUGUUUAGGCGACUUAUAUUAUUGUAAGAAUCAUGAAGAGUUCAAAGCGCCACCCCACGAAGAAGAACCAAUUGUUCAAGACUCACCUCUUUCGUGGUCAUACUGCGCCUCAUCCAGAUUCCUGACUUUCGCGCGUUUUUCUGAACAACUGUCGGCAAUGGGUCACUACGGCUGGUUGGCGGGAGAUUACAAGUUCUCGCACAUACUGACACCAGAAGAGAGAGAGAGAUUGGAGAACCGAGGAUAGACACCAGAAUAGGAAAAAUAUUAUCUAACUGCUUGUAUACCGUUAAUAAUCAUGGCGAAAGGGUUAAAAAUAGUGAUUCUAAUUAGAUUGCCAAAAAAUAUUCG